AUGUCUUCCCUCUUCGGCGGACUCUUCGGCGGCUCCAAGCCCGCCCAGCAGGACAAGCAGGACUCUGCCUCGGCCGACAUCUUCUCCCAGACCCAGUUCCGCUCAACCGUCCAGCCGUCCCAGCAGCCCCCGGCUUCGGCUGAGGGCACGAUGAAGGACAUUGCGCUCGACGCCAGCGCCGGCCCGUCCCAGCCCCCUGCCACCCCUGCCCCCGCCCCGGAAGCCCCCUCAUCGCUCGGCAUGCUCCAGUCCUCGUUUGACGCUUCCAAGCUCCACCCCAUGGCCAACCUCGGCGACAACCUCGACUUCCUCAACCUCGACGAGGACAAGCUCACCGACAUGGAGGGCGCAGAGUCCGUCCUGCCCUCGCGUGGCUGGACUGACGACCUCUGUGUCGGCACCGGCACCACCUACCUGACUGGUCUCCUUACGGGAGGCGCCUGGGGAAUGAAGGAGGGUCUCUCGCGACCGCUCGGCCCGAACCCCUCGAUGCGUCUGCGACUGAACAGCGUCCUCAACUCGUGCACCAGGAGAGGAAGCUUCACGGGCAACUCGCUCGGUGUCCUCGACUCUCUGCGCGGUCACCACGACGCGCUCAACUCGAUCGGCGCCGGUGCCCUCUCCGGCGGUCUUUUCAAGUGCACCUCUGGUGUCCGCCCCGCCGCCGUCGGCGCGACCAUGGGCGCUGGCGCGAUGGCCGCCUGGUAA